AUGCGAGUUCUCAUCAGUGGUGGAGGCAUCGCAGGUAAUGCACUCGCAUUUUGUCUCUCCCGACUUGGGCAUCAUGUCACAGUCACGGAGCGUUUCCCAAGUUUGCGAGCCACUGGUCUUCAAAUUGAUCUUCGUGGUCAUGGAAUUGAUGUCUUGAAACGCAUGGGCCUAGAACAAGCAUUCCGUGCCAAAUCUGUACCCGAACAGGGGAUGCAAGUUGUGGAUGGCUCGGGAAGACGCUGGGCCUAUUUUCCGGCCAACAACACAGGCCAGGGCACACAAAGCUUUACCAGUGAAUAUGAGAUCAUGAGAGGGGACUUCUGUCAGCUUUUAUAUGAUGCCACCGAGCAACAUACUGAGUAUCUCUUUGGAACAUAUAUUGAGAGCUACCGAGACGAAGGAGACAUGAUAGAAGUUCAUUUCUCUGAUGGCAGCACCGACUACUUCGACCUUCUUGUGGGUGCCGAUGGCCAGUCCUCCCGUACUCGCAGAAUGAUGCUCGGAAAAAACGCAUCCAAUGCAGUCUUUUCUAUUCAAAACAUGCUCUUGGCCUACUUCACUGCUCCUCGCCCAAUUCAACCCAAGGAGAAGUACAUUGCAACGAUGUAUAUGACCUCAGGCGGUCGAGGAGUCAUGACGCGGAGACACAAUUCCAACAACAUUCAAGUGUACCUAGGUGGAAAAAUAGGCACUGAAACGUUCGCCGCCUUGACUGCUGGAGACGUUGAGAAAGAGAAGGCAACUUUCGCUGAGAUGUUCAAGAAUGCAGGCUGGAUCGUCCCAGAUAUCGUCAAGUCCUUGGACGAUGUUGACGAUUUCUAUUUAGUGGGGGCUUAUGUCUUAGCGGGGGAGAUUGACGCACACUGUGUAUGGGACGAAAAUGUUGCGAUUGGCCACAAAAAGGAGUGUCUGACAAAUGCGCUCAAGGCAUACGAGCAGAAAUUCAGGCCAUUCAUGGACCAGGUGCAAAAAGGUGCUGGCGAAGACGAUGGCAAGUGGGACUGGGUAACUUCGACAUCAAUUGGUGUGUUCUUACAAAACUGCCUGAUGGGAGUGGCAUCUCUCUUCAAGAUCAACAUCGCAGACUACAUGAUGAAGGAGAUGGUAAAAAAUUGGAGCCUCCCUGAUUACCACAAGCUACGUUGGAGAGCUCCGUCUUGA